CCAAUCGCGACUUGCCCGCGCAGACGCUCAGUUCCUGUCGGUCUAUCGUUUUUUGAAAGUUCAAAAACCUCUCUCUCUCUCUCUCUCUCAACGGACCCCUCGCUCUCUGCCUCCGUUCUCAGUCGUUCGCUCAUUCUCUCUCUCUCUCUCUCUCUCUCUCUCUCUCUCUCAAGUUUCUCUCUCAAUCUGCAGACUAAGAUCUGUAGCCAGAAUCUGAGUGAGUGAGCAAGUGUUUGCUAUAUAUAUAUUUUUUUUCUUAAAGAUAAGCUGAAAUUUUAAUGUUUUUAAGCCCAUGGUUUUCUCGGAUCCUUCCUCUAUCUUUCUUUCCUGCUUCUUUCCUGGAUUUCCGAUCUAGGUUUCUUCCAGAUUACUUACCAAUUCCGAUACUCAUUUUACUGAGCGAAAAUGCAGUCACUUCGGCUAAAGAAGCCCAAUAUUGCGGCCUGCACUGAUGAUUGCAACUCCAGCCGUAGAUUCAGAGAAGAUUUAUUUCCAGGAAACGGGCAGGUUCAAAAACAGAGAAGCUAUUCAAAACUGGCAUCUGAUUCUAAUUCUCAAAAUAGUGAUACAACAAGCAAAGAUUUGUUCACGUGUGAAUUGGGGUGGAGUUCUUCGAAACAAGUAUCUGGAACACCAAUAAAGAAGUUAUUAGCUGAAGAGAUGUCGGGAGAAACUAAAUCAAAGAAAAGUUCUCCAAGUCUUAUUGCCCGAUUGAUGGGCUUUGAUGGACUGCCACCUCAGCAGCUGUCUCACAAACAACAUAAAAGGUCAUCAGAGAACUAUUUGCAGAGGAUAUCACCAACAGGAAAGUCCCAAAGAAGUAGCACAUCAUGUAGCCAUAAGUCAUCCCGAAAAGGCUCAAAGGAGGAGCAAGAAUUCAAAGAUGUAUUUGAAGUUUUAGACACGUCAAAAAUGGAUAGUAGUAGUUGCUCAUUGCAGGGGCCUGCAGAUUCAAAGUUAACUGAAGCUGAGAUGGCAUUCAUCAAGCAGAAAUUCAUGGAUGUCACACAUCUUUCCAGUGAUGAAAAAAUUCAUGAUUUAAAGGAAUUUCAUGAUGCAAUUGAUGAUCUAGACUCCAACAAAGAUCUUCUGCCGAAAUUUCUUGAGCAGCCAGAUUCAUUGUUUACAAAGCAUCUACAUGAUCUGCAAACUGCCCUUCCUCUGUCCCAUUGUUGCCACGUAUCAGGUAUGAGGUCAAUACAUGCUCGAGAGUAUGAAGGUGGUGUCCUUGGCAGCAAAAUAGAUAGAGAAAUGCUAUUGAAGAAUCAUAGAAGGCACCAUAAUGAUCCUCUUAGCCAUUCUUUCAGUAAACAAGCUGCUGAUGAUCCACUCAAGGCAUUGAAAAUUCAAUUAGAAGGGAAAGAUGGACCUUCUGCUUUUCCUACACGGAUUGUUGUACUGAAACCAAACUUUGGUAAAGCGCAGAAUGCUAGUGGGACUGUUUUAUCACCUUUUUCUUCUCACAAUUUUCAUUCAGAUUGUAAGAGGAGGCAUACUGAAUUUUCUAGUAUCAAGAAUAGGGAGGCAGAGUUAGGCAGAAAUAAAAGGUUUCCUCAUCAUGCAGCACUACCAAGACAUAAGUCUAGAGAAUCUAGAGAAAUUGCAAAGGAGGUCACCAGGCAAAUGAGAAAUAGUCUUGAAAGUGCUUCUGUAAAGAUCUCAACCUCGCGAUUUAGAGGAUAUGCUGGGGAUGAGAGUUCAUCAAACGGGUCUGACAAUGAAUCAGCAAAUGAAUCAGAUAUGUUGACAGUGAUUUCUAGAGAUUCUAUUUGUUGGAGCAAUCGAUACAGGUCUUCACCAUCCUGCUCUGCUGAAUCAUCUGUGAGCAGGGAGGCCAAGAAGAGACUCUCUGAGAGGUGGAAGAUGACUCAUAGUAAUAGGUCUGUAGAUAUGGGAGUCAUUAGUAGGGGCAACACACUAGGUGAAUUGCUUGCUUUGCCUGAUAAGGAAGGGAGGCCAGCUAAUGUGGAUGCCAUGAUUGCUGGAAAAGGAUUUAGUGACAAUUUUGACGGAAAUUAUGAACUGGCAGAAUGUGCUGGACCUUUGGGUAUUAGCAGUAGGGAUGGCUGGAAAGAUGGAUGCAUUAGAAAUAUUUCUAGAUCAAGAUCUGUUCCUGCUUCAUGUACCACAUUUGGUCAUCCGAAAACAGGCAUGCGCUGUGAAACUCUUUGCAAUCACGGGCAUCUACCACCAAAAGAAUUAUUGCAGCGGGAAAAAAUCAAGCCAGUAAAGGGGAAUCUCAAUCAGAUAGAAGGUUCAUCUUCUAGAAAUUCAAGAUCUCGUAUUAAGAAAUCUCAUUUCUACAAGUACUCUUGUACAGAUCAUAGUGACACUUCACCAGAAAUUAAUUUCAGCCAUAAGCAACUGCAGAGCAGUAUUACAUGUGAUGAUCCAGUUAAACCAUAUCUUAUGGUUUCCGAGACAUCAGCUUCCAUUGUCACAAAUAUGAGUUCAGUUACUGAGAAUGCGGCAGAUGUAACAAUUGAGAAUGUGGCCAUGCCUUCUAAACCUACUAACUCGGAAUUACCUGCUUAUGUGUUGGUAAAAGACAAUUCUUCUAUUAGUGACCCAGAGGUUUUAACUUUGCUGGAACCAUCAAAUGAGCCACCUGACGAAGGGACGGUUGCUGUAAAGCACUCUGUAGCAGAGCUAGAAUCUCCAGCAAGUUCUAUGGAGGCUGAACAGCCCAGUCCUGUUUCUGUUCUUGAAACUCCUUUCGUGGAUGAUCUAUCUUCGAGUUCUGAAUGCUUUGAGACUCUCAGUGCUGACCUACAUGGACUUAGGAUGCAGCUUCGGCUACUCAAGUUGGAGUCAGAAGCAUAUGCAGAGGGACCCAUGCUCAUCUCAAGCGAUGAAGAUGUUGAGGAAGGCUCUGUUGGAUUUUCAGAGGAGAAAGGAAUAGUUGAACAGAGCAGGGAAUUUUCCUAUGUAGUUGAUGUUCUACUAGAAUCUGGUAUUAAUGAUGCUGACCCUGACACUUUCAUGGCGUCGUGGCACUCUCCAGAAUGCCCAGUGAAUCUCCUAGUAUUUGAAGAACUGGAGAAGAAGCAUUGCAAUGUCAUUUCAUGGCCAAGGUCUGAAAGGAAGCUGCUAUUUGACCGAGUAAAUUCAGCUAUCCUUGUGAUAAGCCAACAAUUUGCAGAUCCACACCCCUGGGUGAGGUCUGCAGCUGCAGUCAUUCCCAGGUGGAUUAAACAUGGACUUGAGGAUGGCAUCAACAAAUUGCUGGCAAGCCAAGAUAAGAAAGCUAAUGACAAUGUGGCGGAGAAGGUACUGGUAUCAGACUCUAAGUGGCUGGAUUUGAGAGAUGACAUUGAUGUAGUUGGUCGGGAAAUUGAGAGACUGAUGAUAGAAGAGUUGGUGAAAGAAAUGGUAGCAGCAUAGAGAUUAUGCACGGAAGUGCCCUUUUGGUUUAGGAAACUAUGAAUAUAUAAAAAAAAAUGAACAGAUAGAAUGUUCAUUUCAAUUAGGGAAGAUGAAAUAAAUUGAUAGAAUACCUUGAACCAAAAACAAAAUUCCAGAAUGGUGAUUGAGGAAAAGUACUAAUCCAAGAAUCAGCCAAAAAAAAAAUCUUCAGUAUGGCUGGAUUUGUCUCCAGGCUAUGAUUAUGAUCUGACGCUUAACAUGUUUAACAUGCUGGUAUCUCGCAGAUGAUAAGUAUCUAUGCUAUUGGAAGAAAACUUUCGAAGAAUUUGUGGUUGAUUUUUUCCCCCUCCCUUCAGAAGGUUUUUAUUGCAAAUCUUAAGCGGGUAGAUAAUAUAAUAAUUCGCCUUCUCUUU